GAGCCCAAGGGUGCCAGGGUUCGUUGUCCUAAGAGCCUGUAACGUGCAGCUGGACGGAGGGGGCUUGUGUGGUCCAUGGAUGAGCCGGAGAUAAGAGGAGGAGGUACAGGGACAAAGGCCUGAGUGGCGGCCGUGGUGGUACAGAGGAUGAUCCGACUACUGGGCGGUAGUGCUGACGCUUGCUGACCGGUUGUGUGGCACCAGUCCCUGAAGUGCACACACAUUCUUUUCCUUCAUGUUAGGACUUCUCAAGUGUGCGCUGGAGGGACUGAAGAGGAAGAUAAAUGUAUGGACUUUCUGGCCCUGGGCCUUAUAGCUGAUGCUUCCUUACACCUCAGACACCUGGUCCUUACGUUCCACAGUGUCAGCAGCCAGAGCUCUUAGGUGUACCAGGGUGGAGGCCCAUGCUGUGGAGAGGUGGGGCUCGCGGUCCCUGGACAAAGGAAGCUUGGGUGUGGUCAUCAGGAUGAGGUGCUCCUUACGAAUAUGGCUCCUUAGCACCUCUGUUCUGCUCUUCAUCAUGUCUCUCCUUUUCACCUUCUCUCACAAUGGGACAGAGGCUCCGCUGUAUUCAGAGCUGGGAGGAUGGGGAUCAGCAGAGGGGCAUCCGGUCCGUCUUGUGCCAGGUUACCCUGGGGUGAGGCAUCGUCCCCCACCUCCUCAGUUCUCAAAGUGCUGCUCCUGCCGCCACUGCCUGCGGCAGCCCGGGGACUCUGCCUGGUUUGACACUCACUACAAUGCGGCCAUCUCCCCUGUGUGGACCCUGGAGAACCGGGAGUUACCAACGGAUGUCCAGCACUGGUGGAUGAUGCUGCAGCCUCAGUUCCGGUCCCAUAACACCCUGGAGAUCCUGACCCAGCUCUUCCAAAUUAUUCCCGGGCACAAUCCCUACAAGCAGCAGGACCCUCUUCUGUGCCGACGCUGCGCUGUGGUUGGCAAUUCCGGCAACCUGCGAGGAUCUGGCUACGGGAAAGAAAUUGACAACCACAGCUUCAUCAUGAGGAUAAACCAGGCUCCAACUCUUGGCUUUGAGAAUGAUGUUGGCUCCAGAACCACCCACCACUUCAUGUACCCUGAAAGUGCUAAAAAUCUCCCUGCUAAUGUCAGCUUUGUGCUGGUGCCGUUCAAAGCUCUGGAUCUCCUGUGGAUCACCAGUGCGCUCUCCACUGGGCAGAUACGCUUCACUUAUGCUCCAGUGAAGGCAUUCCUGAGGGUGGACAAGGACAAGGUUCAGAUCUAUAAUCCAGCAUUUUUUAAGUACAUCCAUGACCGCUGGACAGAGCACCAUGGCCGCUACCCCUCUACUGGAAUGCUGGUCCUGUUUUUCGCUCUUCAUGUUUGUGACGAGGUGAAUGUAUUUGGCUUUGGCGCAGACAAUCGGGGAAACUGGCAUCACUACUGGGAAAACAACCGUUAUGCUGGUGAAUUCCGGAAAACUGGAGUGCAUGACGCGGACUUUGAGGCACAGCUUAUUGACACACUUGCCCGGGAGGGAAAAAUCAAGGUGUACAGUGGCCAGUCUCUGUAAACAUCGACUUAAAGGUCCAGCCCCUGACGUGGAGUCUCAGGGCUUGAUUGUGGCUCCAGAGUUUGACUUUUGUUGUAAAUGCUGAAUUCUGGUUCCUUCAGGGUUCAUUUUGGUACCAGUGCAGAUUUGGGGGUGGACUGGACAGGCGCUUUCUCCUGCACUUUCUAAUGUGUCUCCACAUUGUAAGGUAUUGUGCACUGACAAUGAGGAAACUCUUCAUCAGACUUCACCUCUGAAUGUUGCAAUAGUGUUAUGUGUUCUGGGUGCUCUCUGUAAAAGUGGAGUACAGGGCACCCCACUCUCUGGGUAGUGAAGGGGGAGAAUGUAUUUGUUUUUAUCAAUAACAAUCUGCUGAAACGUAUAAAGCUGGCCUUGUACAAUCCUCCUCCUUUCAUCAGCCAGUCAGAGACCUUUUUCUGGAUCCAGCUGCUCUCUAUUUGGGUGACCGACCCUUCUACCUGCUCUGACCACUGAGGGUUGAGUGUGACCUGGUCGGGGGGCAGCACUGAAUCCUGGGCCUCUUCUCUUUUUUCUGUGUACCAGAGAGUGACCAAACUACAAUGUAGCAUGGAAAGUUCUGCUGCUUGCUUUUUUACUUUGUCUUAAAUUCCUCACCAUCUUCCAGUUUUGCACUUGCUGUCAGUGAACAGAGUCAGUUCACUGUCAGAGCAAGGCAAGGUCAAGAUGGGGUUUCAGCAUCGGAAUGAAAAGAUUAUUCCCUUUUUUUGCUGACAAGUAGAAAGUUUUUAAAGAUGGUGAGGAAAAGUACAGUUGUAAUAGAAAGUUCUAGAACUUUCCAUUCUAUAAAUGAUGUUCAUUUAUGUAAAAGUGACAAUCCCUAUGUGAGGUGAUAACAAACUCUCACCCCUGCCCCGAUUGUUUUCCAGUAUUCUGUCCCCAUAAAUGUGAUGGAUCCCUGUGAUCAGUCUUGUCACGGCAUCUCUGUUGUUUUCCAUCCCCCACUUGACUGCGUGUGGAGGUGCUUUUCAGGUAAUAAUGGACUAAAUAUUUUGGGAUUCCUAAUACUUUGACAGGCUAUUGUAUAUGUGACAGUAGCCAUUUUAUGUGGUAAAUGGUGAUGGACACUCCAUCAUGAAUUUGUAGUGCCUCCAGUAUUGCUUAACAGCACAUUGUGGGCUCGCACAAAAUGGCAGCCUGCACCAAGAUCCACACUAGGAUGUAUUGCUCUUUUCUCAUUCUUGAAGGAUGUGUUUAUCACUUCAGGAUGUUCUGUCAGUAAAUGCAUAUGGUUUUGAUUACAGACCCAGGUGACUUGUGUAUGAAAAAUUGGGAAGAUUAGACCAUGCCACCCAGAGUGGCCAAUCUCAUCUCAGCUUUCACUUUCUAAACUGCACUGAAUAUAAAAAUAUGGACUAGGGUUGGUUGCUUUGGAUCACAUGGUCAUGUCUUUCAUGAUGAUAUUGUGUUGCUGUUGUCAUGGGCUAGAAUACGGCUGUACAGGCGCUGUGCAUGUAUUUACUGGUCGCGGCAUAAGGACUUUACUAGUGUUUGAUAUAAAUGUGACUCUUUUUGACUUUAUUUGCUUUACCCCUUCAGUCUCCUCCUUAUUGUGGAUAUUUUGCUCCUCGGGGGUGGGGCUUAUCAGUAUUAUUCUCUUUGCACUUUCUAAAGCGAUUAUCAUUAUUGUGCUGCCCCCAGUGGGAAUGUGCAGCAAGGUUUGGAAUAAUAAACAAAAACACAUGUCUCUUGG